GCCGAGUCGGAGCGGCAGCGCGCCGCCGCCGCCGCCAGCGACGAGGACCGGCCCAUCGAUGUGGAGGGCGAGGGAGACGAGGAGGAGGAGGCGGCCGGUGGCGGCGAGGGCGCCGAGGGUGCCACCGCCGCCGGCGACGUCGAGAUGGACGCCGAGUUCCCGCCCAAGCGGAAGCAGCGUCGCUACCGUACCACCUUCACCAGUUUCCAGCUGGAGGAGCUGGAGAAGGCCUUCUCGCGCACCCACUACCCGGAUGUCUUCACCAGGGAGGAGCUCGCGAUGAAAGUCGGCCUGACAGAGGCGCGCAUACAGGUCUGGUUCCAGAACCGGCGCGCCAAGUGGCGCAAGCAGGAGAAGGUGGGGCCGCAGGCGCACCCGUACAACCCGUACCAGACGCCGCUGGCAAUGCCGUCGAGCGCACCGUCCAUCUCGCCGCUGCAGCCGCCCUUCUCGCACCUCAGCUACCUGCGCAAGCCCUUCGAGUCGCCGUUCCUGGGCGGCUCGCCGCGCCUCUCGGGCGGCCUGCUGCCGGCCGGCCUGCUACCCGCGGGCUACCUGGGCCACCCGCUGACCGCCCUGCGCGACUACCGCGCCGUGCUGCCGCCGCUGGUGCCGUUCGGCAGCCCGUACUCGCCCACCUUCCAGAGCCUGCUGGCCAACCUGUCGGCGCACCGGCCGCCGCUCGACUCGCCCGAGUACAAGGCGCUGCUGUCCAACAUGGCGCUACCGUCGGCGCCGCUGCCGCCGCCGGCCGCCGCGCCCAGCCUCUCGCCCGGUAGCCCAGAGUUGCGCACGUCCAGCAUCGCGGCGCUGCGGCUGAAGGCGCGCGAGCACGAGAUGCGGCUGGAGCUGCUGCGGAAGAACGGCGACCUCUGCAGUUAGGCGGCGCGCCGCGCCCGGUGAUAGGCACGCGCGCCGCCCGCGCGGCGCGCGUGCCGUUGUUCUGUUCCUGCCGGCCGCGUGGACGCCAGGCCGCCCGCCGGCGGCAGCGGCUGUUGUUUUGAGCGCGGGGCUUGGUGGGCGUUUGAGGCUUCGAGUGCGGGUGUCUGCGCCGCGCGGCGGCGGCAAAUCGAGUGUGACUGACGCACAACACGGCCGCGAUGGGAUCACGUGACGGCCCGGGGUCGCGUGACGGCGCUGGAGUGUCACGUGAUGCGCCGGACCGGGCGGAGCACCCCUGAGGGGCGGCUGGAAGCCGGACGGCUCUAUAGUCACCGCAAGUAUUACGCUGUAACAGUAUUUGCGACGCCGUUCGAAUUUAACUCGAUGUGCCUUGAAUGUGAAUGUGACUGGGUGUGUAGUGCCGAGAGGUGUCAGGUAGGCCCAAAAGUUUUUGUUGCGUUUUGGUAGGUAAGUACUUAAUAGGACAAUUUGUGUGAGUGGAAGAGUGUGCUGAAUAUAACGCACGCUGCUUAGUUUUCUGGCAAAAUACGUGUGCCAGUAUUGCACAAGGAAAAUGCGAGUUUUGCAGUCUACAACGAUCAACAGUUGUCCAUUAUUUGGGUCUAUGCGUCGGCGUGUGUUCAGCAUUUUGCUAUUCAAAUAGAGCUAGAGCUACUGUUUUGAGCACAAAUGCCUUUAUUGGAUUCGUCUUGUUCGAUUCUGGUAUCACCGGCUACUUAGCUGGAGUUCGUUUUUCGGUGUUAAACUAUGUCCACGUUUUGUGCGUUUUUUGGAGGGAGUAUCUCUCCAUGUGUAACGUGUAACCACUACUGGGUAUUGUGUGAGCCACUAGACCGAAGCGUUCAUGGCCGUGCUAAUCUUACCAAAGCUUGCUGUAUAAAGUGUUUCAUUAAGUUGAUAUAAUAAAGCU